AUGUUCCAGGAUCUCAAGGGUGGAAAGGGAGGAGGAAGCAGGAUGAGCUGCGAUCGCAAAUUCUGGUGCCACCACCAGAGCAACGACAAGGUGCAGCAUGCGCACACCACCAAAGCCCUUGCGGUCCCUCCGCUCCUGGCUGCCAUGGGAUAUGAGCCAGCCAAAGGAGGAUGGCAGUUGCGGUCGGAUGCCCGCAACUUCUACUAA